AUGACGAUUACCGUCGGAGUCCUUGCCCUUCAAGGCGCAUUCUUCGAGCAUGUUCAACUACUGAAGAAAGCCGCCGAACAAGCCCCUCCGUCAGAAUGGCAGUUCAUCGAAGUACGAACGCCACAAGAGCUGUCAACAUGCGAUGGACUGGUCCUGCCCGGAGGUGAAAGCACCACUAUGUCUUUGGUCGCAGCAAGAUCAAAUCUUCUGGAGCCAUUACGAGACUUUGUGAAGGUGGAUCGCAAACCAACGUGGGGCACAUGCGCCGGCCUCAUUCUGCUCGCCGAGUCGGCCAACAAAACAAAGAGGGGUGGUCAGGAGCUUAUUGGUGGUCUCGAUGUAAGAGUGAAUCGGAAUCACUUUGGUCGACAGACAGAUAGCUUCCAGGGACCAUUGGAUCUGCCCUUCUUGGGAGAGGACGCCGCACCGUUCCCAGCUGUCUUCAUUCGGGCACCGAUUGUCGAAAAGAUCCUGCCUCACCAUGAGGGCAUCCAGGAAGAAGAGACUCGACUCGAGGAGACUGUCGUGGCACCGUCUCGGCGAGCACGCGACUCGGUGGCGGAGGCAGCAACAGACGACCAUGUCGAGGUACUCGCCACAUUGUUGGGCCCUGCAGCUCGCAAUGCCACAGAGAACCGAGACAUCAACCCGGAUGAGGAGGUUGGUGAUAUUGUUGCAGUGCGACAGGGCAAUGUGUUUGGCACCAGCUUCCACCCGGAGUUGACUGGCGACGCAAGAAUCCAUGCAUGGUGGCUGCGCCAGGUGCAAUCGGCCGUACUGAAGCGAAGAAAGUUGGCACAAUAG